AAAAUAUGAUAUUACUUUAUUUAAUUACAAAAAAUAGUAGAUAUAAGCUCAUUGUUUACGUACAAAUACAAUUUAUUAGAGCCAGUUAUCACGAAUCUCGUAUCACUGUGGAGUGGACCUUACCUCUGUUAUCAUCACAUAUUUCUUAUCAGUACCGCUUGAUCCCAGUGCUCGAUACCAAAUCGUGUCACACAGUUGUGUACAACGAGUAAACAAAAUAAUAAUAAGUCAUUCGAGGAAGUGACAAAAAAAAUACAAAAAAAUAUUUUCAAGUGUAUUUGUGUGAAACAUUAUUGAUUUAAAAAAGGACUAGGUGCUCUCUGCUAUUUUUCGAUGUGUGUGUAAAUAAAUAAGUGCACUUAAUUAUUUAAUGCAUUUUUGCAGUGUUAUGAUAUCACGGAUAAUAAUAGGUACCUAAUAAAUAACUACACGUAAAAAUGAGUAUAUUUUCCUGUUAGUUCUAGUUAACUUAACUGUUACGGUGAAGUUUGUUUUGUAAAUGAAAAUGGUGGUUAUGAAAAACAUAAUUUACUAAUGAAUACCAGAGCUACAUAAACUGAAAGAAGUUAUUUGUUGUAACUAACAACUUUGUACCUAACACAAAUGCCCAUACAUACAGUACAUAAUUGACUAUAACUUCUUUUAUGAAACAUAAAUACAAAUAAUAACAUGCAAAACCGUGGUGCCUUAUAGUAUAAAAGAAACUGCCUUCUUAGUAAACCUUCAUCACAAGUAAGGACCAAAACUAUUUUUCUUAUGUUAGAAACCUCAAAGAUCAAAGGACCAAAAUAUAUCUCAAAUACCAGUGACAUAAAUAAAAACUAUUAUAAAAACUGAAUUAAUAAUAUAAAGUUCCAAAACACAGAAACCUACUAAGAAAUAAUGUAAGAGAAAUUAUGAAAGAAAUAUAAGUGUACUUGAAUCUCCAAAAAUAGUGAUGUAAUAUAAGUGUUGUGUUAGUGCCAUAUAGUGUAUAAAAUGAUGCCAAUGCGUAAAAUAGCCCAUCGGGCCUGCUUCAUAGUCAGUAGGACUGUAUACAUGACAUGCUGCUGCGGCUGCUGCUCUGCCCUCAGGCCACGCUACAAGCGCCUAGUAGACAAUAUCUUCCCAGCAAUACCGCAAGAUGGCCUCGUCAAGACCAACAUGGAGAAACUCACUUUCUACUCCCUGUCGAGUCCUGAGAAACUCGACAGGAUCGGGGAAUACUUGUUCCAGAAAGCCUCCAGAGAUAUUUAUAGAAGGCGACAUGGGUUCGUAAUAAUAGCCAUGGAGGCUAUGGACCAGCUCCUGGUGGCGUGCCACUCGCAGACCCUCAACCUGUUUGUGGAGAGCUUCCUCAAGAUGGUGCAGAAGCUACUCGAGUCUACUGACCCUCAGCUGCAGAUCUUGGCUACGCAGAGUUUUGUCCGCUUCGCGAACAUAGAGGAGGACACUCCGUCUUACCACCGACGCUACGAUUUCUUCGUGUCCAAAUUCUCGGCGAUGUGUCACAGCAACCACAUCGAUAAAGUUCAACGAGAUAACAUUCGAUUAGCCGGGAUACAAGGGUUGCAGGGCGUUAUAAGAAAAACCGUGUCGGAUGACUUAGUAGAAAACAUCUGGGAAGCUCAACAUAUGGACAAGAUUGUACCUUCCCUGCUCUAUAAUAUGCAGACAGCGGAGAAGUACGACACAGUGCUGUGCAUGGAGGGCGGCGCGGGCGAGGAGGAGCCGGCGCGGCUGGCGGAGGCGUGCCUGCGCGAGCUGGUGGGCCGCGCCUCCUUCGGGCACAUCCGCAGCGUGCUCAGGCCCGUGCUCACUCACUUCGAUCGACACGAGCUGUGGAUCCCGAACGACUUUGCCGUACACACGUUCAAGAUCAUCAUGUUUUCUAUACAAGCGCAGUACUCAUACAGCGUGGUCGAAGCGCUGAUGCAGCACUUGGACGCGGGCGGCAGCGGCGCCAGCGAGCGAGACUACACUCGAGUGCGGGCUGCGCGGGCUGCCGUGCUCAGCAACAUCGUCGCCAUCGCUGCUGGGGAUAGUGUCGGACCAUCAGUAUUGGAGAUUAUCAAUAAUCUCUUGACUAACUUGAGAGCUUCAGUCGCCAGAGAUUCUGAGAAAGAAACAGACGAGAAGCUAUACCAGGAAGCUCUCAUCAACGCUUUGGGAGAGUUCGCGGACCACUUACCCGACUUCCAGAAGAUCGACAUCAUGAUGUUCAUAGUGAACAAGGUGCCGAGCUCCCAGCGAGCCAACAAGGGGACCAAAGCUGAUUGUAUGCUGCAGAGCAUAUUGCUUAAGUCGCUGUUGAAGGUGGGCACAACAUACCGCACGGGCGAGCUGAGCAAGGCGUUCCCCGCCGCCUUCCUCGACGCGCUGCUCCGCGUGGCGGCCGCCGCGCAGCCCGGCGCCCGCGCCCUGCUGCAGCGCAUCCUGCACACGCUGCUCGACCGCCGGGGCAACGCUCCGAGACUGCAUCAUGCCACCGUUGACGUAUGCGAGUUGGGUCUGAUCGUAGAGAAGUGCUCGCGACAGGACCUCAUCUUCAUCAGCAAGCACGGAUACGCUCUGUUCAGCUCACUUUAUGAAGGUCUUCAGCUGGAGUCCAAUAUGAUGGAGAACGUGGAAGCUAUCUACACGACUCUGGCGCUGAUCUGCAUCGAGCUCGGCUCCGAGGAAACUGUCGGGGACAUCAUGCAGCUUGUACUGGCUAUCCAGCAAUCAAGUCUAUCGAAUCCAGUGCUGUCAGUGGCGCAGCAGUGUCAGCUGCAAGCCAUCAGCAUCUCUCUCGCGGCUCUCGUGCCGCAUGUGCUCCUGUUACCCAGGCUCGCUGACUAUAUACACAAGAUAAUCGUGGCUCGUCGUGAAGAGGCACCGCACCUGCUGCCGCCGCUGCGCGAGGAGUAUGAUGACCUGCCUCCAGCGAAGAUGCCCAACAAGCUGCCCUACCUCAUGAUGGAUCAGAUGGCGCUGUGCGACAUGCUGAAGGCACACGGCGUGGACGUGUCGCGGCUGUCGGCCGCCUCGCCCUACAGCGCCGGCAACGUGGCGCUGCCGCACCGACACAGCUGGCUCGAGGCCGGAGCAGCUCAAGGCCGCGACAGCCUGGCGGAGAUCACGGCGCCGGGCACGGAGCUGGACAGCGCCAACAGCUCGCCCGGCGUACAGCGGCUUGUUAUGCUCAAUGAUGUAACUCCGCAGUCGGGCGGCAGUCAGUCGGGCGUGAGCCUGGAGGCGCUGCGGCGCGCGGCGGGCGGCCCCACGGGCGCCGAGCGCCGCGACGCCGAGCGCCGCCGCGCCACGCUCAACAACGCCUUCCGCACCGCGCCCUUCGACCAGCUGCUGCACAUCACGCAGCCUAAGUACGAGAUAAAAGACAAACUGGAAGAGAUCUUCAACUCUAUAAGCGAGGAGCCGCUGCUGCCGCAGUCGGGCCCCUGCUCGCCCGCCGGCAAGUCCUACCAGCACCAAGUGCCGCCCUACACCAAGUACUUCCCCGAGCUGUUCCUGUAUUGAGCACAUUGCAAUGGAGAAGAACUUGAAAUCAGUAGCUGCCUUUAGCCUGUAGUUCCAAUUUACUCGCUUUCAGUUGACUACAGAAUUUCACGGAGUAACAUAACCAUACCUUAUACCCUUCGAAAUAAGGUCUAAUUUACCAUAACUUUAGCGGAAACUUCGUGGAAUUUUGUUCUCAAUAUUAGUUGUUAUCGGAUUUUGUGGAGGCGACAUUGUUCAUAUGUAUUGUUUAAUUGUUGGUUACCUAACAGUCUUACUUAGGAUAUUGACUGGAUAAUAGCUGGGACUAUGAUAUCAAUAUUUUUGAGAGAUUUUGAUUGAAAAUAUCUCAAUCUUUGUUGUCAUUUUAGAGACAUCUAUAUUUCUUAGUUAAAAAGUUAAAGCUAUAAUUACUAACUCAAUAUUUAAAUGACAAAUCUAUACCAUUACAAAAUGUGUUCAGUAGUUUCCGAGUUCUCACACAAACGACAUGAAACGGAAAGUUAACUUUAAAUUACUUUUAAAACCCUUAUCUCUAGACAAUAUUCCUUGUAGGCCUAAACAAUAAAAAAAUGUGUUCAAAAUACAUAUUAACUAUGUCACCUGUUAUUUUUGACUUGAAAUAUUAAAUGUUCUUAACCUGACUUUGGCUCCAAAUAUGAUAAUAAUAUAAAAUGUAUAACGACAUUCCCGUUGCUUUUACUGACUAUUUCGUGAUAAUUAUUAUUAUUGUAGGAGAAUCUCUUAUUGUGGUGGAGAGCUGUUGUUAUUAAUUUUGAUGACAUGUACCAUACUUUUAAUUUGAAAACAGAUGAACGUCCAAUUUCACCAGUUACUAUCAGGAACUUAACUGAAAGACUAUAACUUGGCCUCACAGGUCUCGGAUCGCAAUGUCUGGCAGAAAUUAUAAGCAGACUUUAUCUGGCAGAUAACAUUAUCUACCAGAUAACAUACUGACUCUAUCGGUAACCAGUGAAACCGGGUCUAGUUCUAGUGUAAAAUGUAGGUAAAGUUGAGGUCAAAUAGAUAAAAAAAUAUUUAAUAUAUUUAAAAAGUCAAAUAAAUGUCAAAAUGAAUAACAACAGCAAAGUUUUUAUUAAAGUUUAUGAUAUUUAUUAGCGCACUAAGUAACGGCGUGGUUGGUGGAAGUCACUACUGUUGGUUUAUGUCGCCCUGGUAGGGAACAACGUAUCUCACGGUGUGGAACUGAUAUUAAUUUACUAAUUAUGUCGAUAACAAAUUAAUUAGUUCACUUUUAAAGUAUCAACCGUUCAUUUGAAAUUACAAAAUAGUGCCUGCCUAGCCAUUUUAUUUAACAUUAAAAGGCGGGUCUACGCUAGACGAACCGAGCACGAGCGAAGCACAAGCGGAGCCGUUCUCGGCUUGUCGUUCGCGGCGUCGAGUGUGGACGUACAACGAACCUACAACGAUCACUGUUAGCAAAUCCCUUUGUGUUCGUAAAAACCGACAACAGGCGGAACGCAGCCGAGCACGAACGAAAUGCUCUUGCGCACUCGUUAGAGGCUUGUAAGUUGGUCCACACUAGACGAAUUGUGUUCGGCGCGUGCUCCGCUCGAGCUCGGCUCUCCUAGCGUAGACGCAGUUAAACAGUUUAUAAUUUAAUUUGAAGAGGAACUCAAUAAGUAAGGGCCACGCCAUCAUAAGGUUAAGCAAUGCUUGGCGCGGUCGGUACCUGGAUGGAUAACCAUCAUAAAGAUUGGAUUUUGAUAGUAUUAUAUUUUUAUUUAAAACUAGCUUCUGCCAGCGUUUUCACCCGCAUCCCGUGGAAACCUCUGCACGAACCCGGGUAAAAAGUAGCCUAUAGCCUUCCUCGAUAAAUGGGCUAUCUAACACUGAAAGAAUUUUUCAAAUCGGACCAGUAGUUCCUGAGAUUAACGCGUUCAAACAAACAAACUCUUCAGCUUUAUAAUAUUAGUAUAGAUUGCGUUUCACUGUGUACCUUCGUUAUUUUGUUGAUUUCAAAUGAAACGGUCUAUGAGUACAUAAAAUAAUAAAGUAAUAUUUGAUUUAGCAAAACUUCAAUCAUAAUUUGUUCACAAUCUUGUUUUCCUAGCAAAUGAUAAAUUAGUAUUACAUUGUGAUUAUGACUUUUAUAUUAUUUUGUUUUUUUUAUGCAAAUGUCUAAUGUUUAUUUAUUUAUUUAGUCAAUGUUAAUCAAUGAUUGUAAAAUGAAUAUUGUUGGAUGGGUGUGGUCGGUGGAAGAAGUAAUAACAUUGUAUAAAAGGAUUGUUCAAUUGUACUUAAUGUUAUAUUAUUACAUGUAUUGUUCAGAACUCGGUUGUGUACGAGAAAUAAAUGUGUUUCCACAUAAAAAAAA